UCCACAACUAAGCAAGCAUCAGCGUGCAGACAAAUUUAUUCUUCUCUUCUUCCUUUCUUUAUUCUCUCCCAACUUAAUUUUAGUUUUGAAUUUCGGUGAUUCAUUCUCUCCUUUCUUCUUCCUUCUUCUCUCUCCUUUUUCUCUGUGUUUAUUUUAUAACACCACCGAUUCCUCAAUUUUUCUUCAGAAAAAAUUAAACUUCAUAUCUGGGUCGCCUAAAUCUUACUGUUUGGAGUUAUAUAUGUGGUAUUUGUGCCGUGCAGAAGCAGAUAGAAGAUACAUGUUACUCAAGAAUUUGAUGGAAGAAAAGCAACUGGAUUUUAAUCAGCCACUUUUAUCUGUAAGGAAGUUCUCAUCGACAUUACCCCCUUCAGAAACAAAGGGCAGAAAGAAGCCUGAUAGUUCUGUUCCCAGUAGACCUCCUCUUCCUGUUUACAAAUCAGAAAUUAAAUCAGGUCCUGUGAGGAACCCAGGAACAGUUCCUUUUAUUUGGGAGCAAACCCCAGGAAGACCUAAAGAUGAAAGCAAAUCACAAGCUAAGGCUCUCGCAAAUCCAUCUAUUGCCCCGAAGCUUCCGCCUGGGAGGAUUUUGAAUGGUAAACAACGGUCUUCAGAUAAAGUUUCUGAAGUUAAAACAGUUGGUCAGUCUCAAGUUGAAACUGUCCCUUCUAGUUCUGAAAACCUUAGAUUUUCGGAGAAAAAUGCGAGUACAUGUGAAAGCUCUAGGGAGGAAAUGGAAGAGACAGGAAGUUAUGUCAUAGAUAAUGAUGAUGAAGCAUAUGUGGAUGCACUUGACACACUUUCACGAACUGAAUCAUUCUUCCUGAAUUGCAGUAUAAGUGGUGUUAGUGGGUUGGAUGAUCCGGAUCUGAAACCAUCUGGAAUCUUCUCUGCGGAUCCACAAACUCGGGAUCUCAUGAUGGGGCGAUUCUUGCCUGCUGCAAAAGCAAUGGCUUCAGAAGCGCCUCCACAUGCUAUCAGAAGACAACCCCAUUGCAAUGAGCAGCCAAGACAGACAAAGAUGAUAGUCAGCAGAGAUAAGCAACAGCCAAAUUACCAAUAUAGUCCAAACAGUUUCUUACAUAAUGCACAGAAUAAAAGAUGGGACGAAAAUAGUAGUGAUGAUGAUGAUAAUGUUGGACAUGAAAACUCAUCAGUUGGAGUUUGUGGAUUAUUCCCUCAACUUUGCUUGAAAAAUUCCUUUUGCGUUCUGAGUCCCGUGCCAGGGAUAAGAAUGCAGGGCCAAAGACCGGCUUCUUCUGUUCGUAGACUUCAUGCUAAGUAUUUAAAUGCUAGAUCUUGCAGUGAAACAAAGAAUGAGCAUGCCAGUUGUGCUGCAAAUGAGCAAAGAUUGACAAGGGGCCAUCAAAAAAAGGAGCUGCAUGAAGAUAAGAUUCAACUAAAAAGGGUAUCCAACCGGAUUACUUGUGAUAGUUGGAAAUCUAAUGGAUCUCCGAACAGACAUUUACAGAUUAAUGAGUUGUUGCCUUCCCGAAAUGGAUUAGUUCCCACAGCAGUCAAUCAGGGGCAACAGUCUCUUGGGUUUCCUGAAAAGGAUAGAACUUUUAGGGUCAAUGGCAUUGACUCACAGAGAGGUCCAAAAAGUUUUCAAGAACUAUUGGCCAGUGAUGAAAGUAAAUGGGAAUCUGGCUCAGGGAGUCCUGUAGUCGAGAAAACGCUGUAUAUAGAUUCUGUACAUACAAUAGAAUCCCCAAAUUUAUAUUCAAGUUCAUCGGAUACAAAGGAGAUAACUGAUAAUCAAGGAGAUGAUUUUGAAGUUCAUCCAAGAAAUGGGGAAAUAGAAGAAAUUUCUUCUGUGUCUUCUUCAGUUCCUGAGAGCAAUCAGUUAAAUGUUGUGGAUGAAAAGGCAAUAUCACAAGUUAAAAGUCUUGUGCUUGUUGACUCCAAUAUCAAAUCCUCUCCUGACAUAUUGGCUAGUGAGAAGCACUCGGAUGGUCUCAAGCAUGAUGAACAUCAAGAUUCGAUCAAGUCAAGAAGUCACAAGAUGGUUGAAAAUGGGAAGAUUUAUCUAGAAAGCCAAGUGUGUAAUAAACCAUAUAAUCUAGAUGGUACUCAAUGCCUCAACCUGGAUCAUAUUGCACUAAUGAAAUCAAACGUGGGUGAUACUGAGGUUAUUGGUUCAGAAAGGAAAUCACAUGUAAAAUCAAGUAAGAAAGAAAAUCCUGAUGACAUGUAUCGAAAACAUCCUCUACCUCCGCCUUUACCAAAAUCUCCAUCCGAAUCUUGGCUGAGUCGUACAUUGCCUACUAUUUCAGCAAGGAAUUCACCUUCAUGGUCUUCUCCUGGUACAAAUAAUUAUACUAGAUGUCAGCCUUUCAAAACCCCUUCCGAAGAUCCUAAGUGGGAACUUAUUGUUAAAUCUUCAAAUGUGCAGCAUGGCCACUUGAGGUUUUCUUCGGAACUUCUUGAACCUAUACCAGAGGCUUAGCUGCAUAGAAGCCUCCAGUCCGCAACCUUAUAAGUUCCUUUUGCCAGUACAGGGUGCUUCAUACGCUUUUUAAUAUCUUAAAGAAGUUUUCCACCAUAAGGAGCUCUAUUUAUUGAUUUACUUGGUAUGUAUAACAGGUAACUGUAAAUCUCCACGGCUACUCCUUGCAGUUCUUGGAUGGCUCUUAUAAUCUGUAAAUCUCAUCAGUAUACAAAACCUGGUCUUCUGUGAUUCUUUUUUUUGUAAAUGGAAGUUAAGGGCUCUGUUUUUCUUUCCUGGUUUUUAGUGGAUAAAUAUAAUAAACAAGCAGAAUGCUAGUUUGGAGCUAUGUACACAACUAUCAAGAAUCAAUGGAGUUCAAAUAAUUAUGGCUU